AUGCUUAACGGUUACGGUGCUGGCUCAAAUGUUGGCCAGGGAGUGGCCAAUGGCUUUGGUAACAGUGUAGGCGGGUUUCUGGGACCCGAUUUAGGUAGAGCAGCCACUGGCGUAGUUAGCGCUGUAACCAAUCCGAUUGGUUCAUUAGUGGGCACUUUUUUGGGUGCUAUGGGCGGUCUGGCGGAUACAGCGGGCAAUAUAUUAGGUGGCGGUCGUAAUAACUAUCAACAAGGACAGUUUGGUAACAAUGGCGGCAAUAACUUUGGCGGCAAUUACAACGGCGGCAAUAACAAUGGAGGUUAUAACAAUGGCGGCAAUACUUAUGGUGGCAAUAACAAUGGCGGAAAUAACAAUGGCGGCUAUACCAAUGGCGGCAAUAACUAUGGCGGCAAUAACAAUUACGGCAAUAACAAUGGCGGCUAUACCAAUGGCGGCAAUAACUAUGGCGGCAAUAACAAUUACGGCAAUAACAAUGGCGGGUAUAAUAAUGGCGGUAAUAACUAUGGUGGCAAUAAUAAUAUCGGCAAUAACAAUGGCGGCUAUAACAAUGGCGGUAAUAACUAUGGCGGCAAUAACAAUGGUGGCAAUAAUAAUGGUUACUAUAACAAUGGUGGCAAUAACUAUGGCAACAACAAUAGCCCUACUAACAGGAAUAAUAAUGGACCUAAUUAUAAUGGCCCACCUAACAAUGGUCCACCUAACAAUGGCCCAACUAAAAAUGGCCCACCUAACAAUGGCCCACCUAACAAUGGCCCACCUAAUAAUGGCCCACCUAACAAUGGCCCAACUAAAAAUGGCCCACCUAACAAUGGCCCAACUAAAAAUGGCCCACCUAACAAUGGCCCACCUAACAAUGGCCCACCUAACAAUGGCCCACCUAAAAAUGGCCCACCUAAUAAUGGCCCACCUAAUAAUGGCCCACCUAAAAAUGGCCCACCUAAUAAUGGCCCACCUAAUAAUGGCCCACCUAAAAAUGGCCCACCUAAUAAUGGCCCACCUAAUAAUGGCCCACCUAACAAUGGCCCACCUAACAAUGGCCCACCUAAAAAUGGCCCAAUUAAAAAUGGUCCCACUAAUAAUGGCACCAAUAGCAAUGGCGGUACUAAGACUAACAAUAGCACCAAUAGCAAAGCCGUCAAUUGA